UGGGACAGGCUCUUUUCAUACUCACCAGAAGGUGGCAUUGUCCACAAGAAGCUGGAGAAGAAUCAAAAAUGGAAGAAGUGUGGAGAGGAUUUUUGCACUUGGGGAAGAGCACAAGAGAGCCAGAGUGAACAGAAGAUCCCUACAUCUUUGCUACAUGUAAGAGACAAAGUGACACUGGAAGGAUGAACCGAAGACAAAGGGCAUGAAACAGACAUCAAAGGAGAAAUCUUUCCUGAUGCUGUUCAGUUAAUUUUUGAGUGAACUUACAACAAACUGGCUUCCUGGAGACUGCAGCUGUCUGCCCCCAUAACAGAGUGGAAGCUGCAGGGCUUGCUUUUCCAGCAUGUUCACAUUUUGUAGGGGCACAUUGCUGCUGGAUUUGGAGGAGGUUAUCAAGUGCAAGGCAGCUGUAAUGUGGGAAGCCAAUAAACCAUUUUCUGUGGAGGAAGUGGAAGUUGCCCCACCAAAAGCACAUGAAGUUCGCAUAAAGAUUGUGGCCACAGGGAUCUGUCGCUCUGAUGAACACGUGGUAACUGGUGCGCUGGUUACACCUUUUCCAGUAAUUCUUGGACAUGAAGCUGCUGGUGUUGUGGAGAGUGUUGGGGAAGGAGUAACAUCUGUCAAGCCAGGAGACAAGGUUAUUCCACUCUUUGUUCCACAGUGUGGGGAGUGCAGCAGUUGCUUAAGCACCAAGGGGAAUCUAUGCAGUAAAUCUGACAUUGCUUCAGCUGCUGGGUUCAUGCCUGAUGGCACCUCAAGAUUCACCUGUAAAGGAAAAAUAAUUCACCAUUUUAUCGGUACAAGUACCUUCACUGAAUACACAGUAGUGCAGGAAACUGCUGUAGCCAAAAUUGAUUCUGGUGCUCCCCUGGAAAGAGUUUGUCUAAUUGGCUGUGGAUUUUCAACUGGUUAUGGGGCUGCUGUGAAUACUGCCAAGGUGGAUCCAGGCUCCACCUGCGCUGUCUUUGGCCUCGGAGGAGUUGGCCUCUCUGUUAUCAUGGGCUGCAAGACAGCUGGAGCUUCCCGCAUCAUUGCUGUUGAUAUCAAUAGCGACAAGUUUGCCAAGGCCAAGGAGCUGGGAGCCACUGACUGUGUCAACCCUAAAGAUUUCAAGAAGCCCAUCCAUGAGGUGUUGGUUGAAAUGACUGGCCAAGGUGUGGACUACGCCUUUGAGGUCGUAGGCCGUACUGAAACCAUGACUGCAGCCUUGGCCUCUUGCCAGUACAACUAUGGAGUCAGUGUGAUCGUGGGAGUGCCCCCUUCAGCACAGAAUAUCACUUUUGACCCCAUGCUCCUUUUCACCGGUCGCAGCUGGAAAGGCUCUGUCUUUGGUGGCUGGAAGAGUAAAGAUUCUGUUCCUAAAUUGGUUGCUGACUACAUGAAGAAAAAGUUUGACCUGGAUCCAUUAAUCACCCACACACUUCCUUUCACCAAAAUCAAUGAAGGAUUUGAUCUGCUAAGGACAGGGAAGAGUAUUCGCAGUGUCCUGGUGUUUUAGGAGUCCCCAGCGUUGAGCAGCAGAUGGCUCAGCACCAGCACAAACUUGAUUGUCUUCCAGUGAAACCAGGAAAUACAAACCAAGACACAUCUGGAAGAUCAUCCACCACUACUUUUGAAUAAAAGGAUAAAGCUCAAACCUCAGACUUCAAGUGCAGUGUUUAUAAAUUAAAGAAUCUUUUUCCUCAUA